AUGGGGAUUGAGCUUUUAACAUGGAUUCGGUUUGUGAAUCGGUGCCUCUCAGGACUCGACUGGCGUGUGUUUAAAGAAUAUUCUGUCCCUGUUUGUCCAGUAAGUAACAGUUCUUGCCCCCUCUCAGACGGAGAGGCGCUGAAGGGUGUGGAUGAGAGCAACCCCCUCGUCCUCCCGGCCACGAAGAAGAAGAGGAAGCCGGGGGGGGCGCUGGAGACCAGCGCGCCCAGGAGACAGCCUUUAACCCGGAAGCAGAAGAAACAGCUGCAGAAGGUCCUGGAGCUGAAGGAGAAGAAAGCCCAGCGCGCGGAGAUCCUGAGCAAGCUGGCGCAGGUGCAGGUCAGCGAUGCCGAGAUGAAGCUGCUGUACACCACCUCCAAGCUGGGCACAGGGGACAAGCUGUACCAGAGCAAACAUGUCAUGGAGGACACGGGGGACGGGCUGGCCGGCCAGGUCAGCAGUGUGAGAGGGGCCAACCGCAAGAGGAGGAGGAGGAAAGACGCAGACGAGGAAGAGGAGGGGAAAGAGGGAGGGGAGGAAUCGGACAGCAGCAGCGGCAGCACCUCCGAGGAAGACGAAGAGGACGAGGGGGAGAGAGACGAAGGGCAGGCUGAGAACAGAGAUGAGCCGGUAGAGGAACCCGUGGGACCGCCUCCAGAGAAGAAGCCGGCACCGGUACCGGAGCAGCCGGGCCCGCGGCAGGCGGAGAACAGACCGCCGUCGGAGCCUGCGGUCUUCAUCCCAGUGGACAGGAGUCCGGAGAUCCAGGCCGCCCGGCUGAAGCUCCCGGUGCUGUCGGAGGAGCAGGCGAUCAUGGAGGCCGUGCGGGAGAACCACUGCGUCGUCCUGUGUGGGGAGACGGGCAGUGGGAAGACCACCCAGGUGCCGCAGUUCCUGUACGAAGCCGGAUACGCCAGCGGGGACGCCAUCGUUGGCGUGACGGAGCCCAGGCGAGUGGCCGCGGUCAGCAUGUCCCAGCGGGUGGCCAAGGAGAUGAACCUGUCCACACGGGUCGUGUCCUAUCAGAUCCGCUACGAGGGCAACGUGACCAGCGACACCAAGAUCAAGUUCAUGACUGACGGCGUCCUGCUGAAAGAGAUCCAAAAGGAUUUCCUGCUGCAGAAGUACCGGGUGAUCAUCAUCGACGAAGCCCACGAGCGCAGCGUGUACACCGACAUCCUGAUAGGGCUGCUCUCCCGCAUCGUCCCUCUGCGCCACAAGAGGGGCCUGCCUAUGAAGCUGAUCGUGAUGUCAGCCACGCUGCGGGUCGAGGACUUCACCGAGAACAGGAGGCUGUUCCCCGUCCCUCCGCCUGUCGUCAAGGUGGACGCCAGGCAGUUCCCGGUCACCGUCCACUUCAACAAGCGCACCCCGCUGGACGACUACGGCGGAGAGGCCUUCCGGAAAACCUCCAAAAUCCACCGCCUGCUGCCGCCGGGGGGCAUCCUGGUGUUCCUCACGGGCCAGGCAGAGGUCCACUCCCUGUGCAGGAGACUGCGGAAAGCCUUCCCGUUCCGGCCCAACAGAGCCGUGCCAGAGGGAGACGAGAAGGGGGACUCGCCGGAGGAGAUGAGGAAGUUUAAGAAGGCCAAGCCGAAGAAGACGGUGUCCAUGCCUAAAAUAGACCUGGAUAACUACUCCGCCCUGCCGGUGGACGAGGGCGAUGAGGACCGCGGAGCAGGGAUCGGUGACGAAGAGGAGGGGUCGGACCUUGACCUGGAUCUCGGGGAGGAGGAAGGGGCUGACGGAGAUGCGAAAUCAGACCCUAGUCUCCCCCUGUAUGUUCUCCCUCUCUACUCCUUGCUGGCUCCAGAGCAGCAGGCUAAGGUGUUCAGGCCCCCUCCCCCGGGCACGCGGCUGUGCGUGGUGGCCACGAACGUGGCCGAGACCUCGCUGACCAUCCCGGGGGUCAGGUACGUGGUGGACUGCGGCCGGGUGAAGAAGCGCUUCUACGACCGCGUCACCGGCGUCUCCUCCUUCAAGGUCACGUGGACGUCCCAGGCCUCCGCCAACCAGCGGGCGGGAAGGGCAGGCCGCACAGAGCCCGGCCACUGCUACAGGCUGUACUCCUCGGCCGUGUUCAGCGAUUUCGCAGUGGCCAUCUACCCUGAGUUAGCGGCCCGAAAGGCCACUGUGUUUGUUCUCCUCUCUCAACCGGUCCAGUGUCUUCACGGACGUGUUCUCUUCCCUGCGCAGGUGAUAAACUUCCCAUUCCCCACGCCACCGUCCACCGAGGCCCUGAUCGCCGCCGAGGAGCUGCUGGUGUCACUGGGGGCCCUGGAGGAGCCCCCCAAGACUGGCCGGCUGAAGGUGUUGGAGCGGGCCCGGCUGAGCUGUCCCAUCACCCCCCUGGGCCGCGUGAUGGCGUCCUUCCCCGUGGCGCCGCGCUACGCCAAGAUGCUGGCGCUGGGGCGUCAGGAGGGCUGCCUCCCCUACGUCAUCGCCGUGGUCGCCGCCAUGACGGUGCGCGAGAUCUUCCAGGAGCUGGACCGGCCAGCGGGCAGCGAGGAGGAGCAGGGCGUGCUGACCCAGCGGAGGGCGCGGCUCAACCAGAUGAGGAGGCUGUGGGCAGGGCAGGGAGCGUCGCUGCAGCUGGGGGACAUCAUGGUGAUGCUGGGGGCCGUGGGGGCCUGCGAGUACGCCGGCUGCACCCCCAGGUUCUGCGAGGACAACGGGCUGCGGUACAAGGCCAUGGUGGAGAUCCGGAGGCUGCGAGGGCAGCUCACCACCGCAGGCGUCUCCGCUGUGGAUCCGGAGUGGAUUCCUCUGCUGCUGCCCCAGUACUGCCAUUUCGAGAAGCCCCUGGAGACGCCGCCCCCCCGCUUCUGUCCCGAGAGCGGCCGGGUCCGAUGUUGGCGCGAGAGCACCUUCUACCGAGUGGGCUGGCGGCUGAGUGCCAUCCAGGUGGAUUACCCAGAAGGCCUCGAACGCUACAAACUCUUCGCCAGGUUCCUGCUGGAAGGACAGGUCUGUCCCAAGCUGCGCUCCUACUCGAAGUGCCUGCUGUCCAGCCCGUCCACCAUGCUGAAGACCUGGGCGAAGCUGCAGCCCAGGACGGAGGCCCUGCUGGGGGCGCUGGUCUCCGAAAAGGCGGACUGCCGCGACGCCCUGCUCGCCGCCUGGAGGAGGAACCAGAAAUAUCUGCUGUCGCCCUACUGCCAGUGGCUCCCUGAGGCCAUGCACCAGGACGUCGCCAAGAGCUGGCCCCCACUGUGACCAGCGCCAGACAUCCAGAGGCCUGGUCAUCGCCCCCGCGCACCGCUUGUCCCUGUCCCUGCUGCUGGCCUCCCCGAUCUUGACCUCUGCCCUCUGCCCUCUGCCCUCUGCCCUCUGCCCUCUGCCCUCUGCCGGAGCGCACACCCCCUGCUGGCGAGGAAACCCGAACGGGUCAGAACCCGCUGGCCCCGCAGGGCUGGGGCGGAUCCCGAAUCCCAGAUGGUCCAGCAGGCCCGGCGGUGCUGUCACGCCCUGGACAAGCUGGUCAUUGUUAGAACAGGGGCAGGAAGCCAGUUCCACCGCUUGGCCACUUCAUAUAGAGCCACUUGGUUUUUUUCAAACACAAACAAACAGAUACUUCGAAAUCUGACUUUCGGCGACGGGAAUGUUCAGGAUUCGGGCAGCCGGGCGGCUCUCCGUGAGGAGCGGCCAGGUGCCCAACUCCGGAUCACCAGCAGCUGCCCUGCGGACCUGAAAUGAGAGACCGGCCUGGGAUCCUGCGAGAUGAAGAUCAAGGCUACAGCGUGGAGCAGGCCAUGUGGUUUGUGUGGUGGCAGAGGUGCGUUUCAGGGCUGUGGUGUGCCAACUGCACACAGCAGGACUUGCCAAGUGUGACUUAAAUACUCUUCAUGUACCCACCACGGGUCUUUGUAAGACCCUCCUUCCUAUAUGUACAGUUUAACAUUAUCAUGUUUUAAUAAAGAGGUUGGAUAGUA